CUCGGGGAUAGCCGUGCCGCCGUUCAGCUUCAGCGGCUUCCUGGCCCAGCUGGAGGUCAAUGACCUGACUGACCUGGCGCCCCCCGGGCCUCCUUCAGCGACCGAUCAGCACACGGCUCCGGAGGUGGCCGCACCCGACCAGAAACCCAGCAUACUUCUGGACGGGGCCAGCGCGGGCCGCGUGGCCGGCUGUAAUCUACUGUUCAGCGGCCACCGGCAGCGUACGGGAUUCUUCAGCGCAGGAUCUCAGUGUAAUGUGACCUUCCUGGGCCGGCCCAGCGACCUGGUGGCCGUCUCACUGAUCAACUACAAACUCAGCGGCCCGCGGUGCACCGGUGUGCUAGAGGUACACGGAGACGGGCCCGUCUCCUCUGAGGACGCCGCCCGUCGUCACUGCAGUCCCGCCUUCCGAACCGUGCGCGACUCGCUGGGCAGAGCUUCAGUGGCACAGAAGAUCUGGUCAUCAUCAAACAAGAUGCUGAUCGUAUUUCGCCCCAGGGCGGCGCCCAACAGCGGAGAUUUCGUGGAGGGAGCUUACCUGUUCCAUAAUGCGGACAGCGAAGGCCACCUGACCUCUCAGCAGCUGUGUCACGCCCAGACGGACGCCGAGGUCAGCGCCAGGUCAGGUCAGGUCACCAUGCCGGAGGGUGUGCCUCUGCUCUGGGACCUGGAGGGCCCGCUCUCCUGCCGGCACACGUUCAGAGUACGAGGCCGAACGCUGGCAGUUCAGGUCAGCUCUCCGGACGGAUCGCCGGCGCGACUGACCAGCCACCACUGUGUGACCCGGUGUUCGGGUCACCGGUGCCGCUGCCUGGUUGACCUCGUUCGUCUCCGUGACGUCGACCACCUCCAGUUUCUGACGACAGAUGGCAGACCGAUCGCCUGUCUCUGCGGUAACUUUACGGCGGCGCUGCCCCUCGCGCUCAGCACCAACGUGAACAUCGUGGCAUCAUACAACAUGGCGCACUUUAUGUGGGCCGCCGUCGGGCCCAAUUUCACACUGCACUAUCAGUUCGAGGAGCCCGGGUGUCCGCGCCUUGCCGCCGAGACCGGCAUAGGCACUCUGACGCUGCCUUCACCGUCGUCCCUGUCCUCUGCGCCGACGGCUGAGCUCGGCUUCAGCUUCUUCACGUGCCUGUGGACGCUGCCUGCCGUGGACGGAGUCGGCAGGACGCUGACCCUGCAGACGACAGGUGCGGCCGGCGGCGGAGCACGCUGCAGUCAGCUGAACGUCAGUGUGACGUCACUGGCUCGUGAUGUUCACGGCCUGGAUGAGCUGGUGGAUGUGUUCUGCGUGGGUCAGGGCCUCCGGCAGGUGGUGCUACGGCCCGGGGUCAACCACACACUCAGGCUAACAAAACUGGGACCAGCAGCUGCCACCUACCAGCUGCAGUGGAAACUAGAGGUUCGACGGUCAGCCGCAGUGGCGCUCCUGUCGCCGCCACUGACUCGACUGGUGUGGUGGCUGCCUUUGCUACUAAAUACUGCGAUCACGUGACAGCGGACCGACUAGGGGUCUCGUUUUGUAAUGUUGUACUCUGUCCAAACAUGUGUUCAGGGCCAAUGUUAAAUCGUGAAAAUAAAUAUUCUACAUUUGAGGAA